AAAAAAAAAGAACUUAAAUUGAGAGGAUUUUAAAGACAUAAUUCAUGAGAAAUUUAAAGAAUCCACGCCUCUGGAAGUUUGGGGAAACGACGAGGGCUUCGGACAUUUAUUAAGACAAGUCUGUUGAGCUUCCUUAGUCCCCAGUUCUAGUCUCCACGAGAGAAACCCGGCCCUCCAUUCCCACCUAGUGGAAUCUUCCGUAGAAGCCGAGAAAAAGAUAAUAAAAGUGAACGGGGAAAGUUAGACCCGUAAGAACUCACAAUCCACCCACCCCUACGCGGAGCAGGAGGACCGGGAACUCCUAUUCUCGUGCCUGUUUCUGGAAGAUCCGAAGGGUCCCGGCCCAGGUCUGUGGAGGGCAGCCAGGGACCCCUUCUCCUCGCCCCAGAUGCCGUCCUCGCCCGUCACCCGCACAGCCGGAACGCCGGCGGGUUCUGCAGCAACGGCUCGGGAACUGCCGGCCUCCGCGUCCGCAGCGCCGCCGCCAGCCAGGCUGGAGCCGAGUCUGUCCCCAGCGUUUGCGCUCCUGCCGGCCACCGGAAACCAGCUGCUCAUGGCACAAGUUCCUAAGAUGCAUGCUUACAGUCUUUCCCUUCCUGGAGUGGAUGUGUUUGUAUCGAUUCAAGGACUGGCUUCUUGGAGACUUACUUGCUGGUUUAAGUGUUGGUCUUGUUCAAGUUCCCCAAGGUCUGACACUCAGUUUACUGACAAGGCAACUGAUUCCUCCCCUCAACGUCGCUUACGCCGCCUUCUGCUCCUCAGUCAUUUACGUAAUUUUUGGAUCAUGUCAUCAAAUGUCCAUCGGCCCCUUCUUCCUUGUGAGUGCUCUGAUGAUCAACGUCCUGAAAGAGAGACCAUUCAACAAUGGUCACCUGAUCAUGGGAACUUUUGUCAAGGACGACUUCUCUGUCCCCUCCUUCUACCUAAACUAUAACAGAUCCUUAAGUAUGGUGGCAUCCACAACUUUCCUGACUGGAAUUAUUCAGCUGUCCAUGGGUGUGCUGGGCAUGGGCUUCGUGGCCACGUACCUUCCGGAGGCUGCGACCAGUGCUUACCUCGCAGCUGUGGCGCUGCACAUCAUACUGGCCCAGAUGACCUGCAUCUUUGGCAUCAUGGUCAGUUUCCACGCUGGUCCCAUCGCCUUCAUCUACAACAUAAUUAACUACUGCAUAGCUCUUCCCAAAGCGAACUCCACCAGCAUCCUGCUGUUCCUCACUGCUGUAGUGGCUCUGAGAGUGAACAAGUGCAUCCGCAUCUCCUUCAACCGCUAUCCCAUCGAGUUCCCCAUGGAGCUGCUCCUGAUUCUUGGCUUCAGCAUGCUCACGAGCAGGAUAACCAUGGCCACAGAAAACAGCAAGAUGCUGCUCAACAUGAUCCCGUACAGCUUUGUGUUCCCUGAGACUCCAGAGUUCGGCGUUCUUAGCAGAAUUGUUUUACAAGCCCUGUCUUUAUCUGUAGUGAGCUCCUUUCUGCUCAUAUCUCUGGGCAAGAAGAUUGCCAACUUGCACAACUACAGAACCAAUUCCAACCAGGAUUUAAUAGCCAUUGGCCUGUGCAACUUGGUCAGCUCCUUCUUCAGAUGCUGUGUGUUUACGGGAGGGAUGGCCAGGACGAUUAUCCAGGACAAGUCUGGAGGAAGACAGCAGUUUGCCUCUCUGGUGGGCGCAGGGGUGAUGCUGCUGCUGAUGGUGAAGAUAGGGAGCUUCUUCGACAACCUGCCGAAUGCUGUGCUGGCAGGGAUCAUCCUAAGCAAUGUGGUGCCCUACCUUGAAACCAUUUACAACUUACCCACCCUGUGGAGGCAGGACCAGUAUGAAUGUGUGGUUUGGAUGGUGACAUUCUCCGCUGCCAUUUUCCUGGGACUAGACGUUGGGCUGCUCAUCUCCCUGGUCUUCACGUUCUUUGUCAUCACUGUCCGCUCGCACAGAACCAAGAUCCUCGUCUUGGGUCAGAUCCCCAACACCAACAUUUACAGAAACGUUAAUGAGUACCGGGAGGUGAUCCUCAUCCCCGGGGUGAAGAUCCUGCAGUGCUGCAGCUCCAUCACGUUCGUUAACGUGUACCACCUCAAGCACAAGUUGUUAAAGGAGGUCAAUAUGGUGAAGUUGCCUCUUAAAGAAGAAGAGAUUUAUGCUCUGUUCCAUGAAAGUGAGACGAAUGUAGCAGAAAACAGACUCUGUAGGUGUUUCUGCGACUGCGAAGAGCUGGAGCCAGAGAGCAGGGUUGUCUACACAGAGCGAUAUGAGAACAAACAAGAGCAUGAGUCAUCCAUCAACCUGAUCCGCUGCUCCUACCUGGGCAGUGGGGACUCCAGCCAAACCACUUCCGAAGAACAGGUCCCCUACACAGUGUCUUCCACAUCACAGAGAAAUAUAGGGCAGAACUACGAGGACACGGAGAAAGCCUGGCUACCCAACAGCCCCACAAGAAACAGCUCCCUACCACCGCCCGAGAACUCAGAAAGCUUAGCACAGAGCAGAUCCAGAUCUGUCAUCUUGCCUUACUCAGAUAUCCACACCAUCAUUCUGGACUUUUCCAUGGUGCACUAUGUGGAUAACCGGGCUUUGGUUGUAUUAAGGCAGAUGUGCAAUGCUUUCCACAAUGCUGACAUUUUGGUGCUCAUUUCAGGGUGUCACACCUCUGUGGUUAAGUUGUUCGAGAAGAAUGAUUUCUUUGAUGACGGCAUCACAAAGGCCCAGCUCUUCCUCAGCCUCCAUGACGCUGUGCUGUUUGCCUUGUCAAGGAAGUGCUCCGAGCCCUCAGACUUAAGCGUGGACGAGACCGAGACGGUGAUCCAGGAAACCUACUCAGAGUCAGACAAGAAUGACAAUCUGAGCAACCUGAGAUUUAAACCGGGUAAUGCCAUCAUGGAAGGUUCCCAACAUGCGAGUCCAAACUACACCAAGACCCAUAGGCCUGCUAAGAAUGACUUGGAGUUUGACCUGGACCCAGACCGCUUGCUGGCCUCCGAUCAGACGAGUGGGAUGGACCUCAAUCUAGACCUAGACUUGGACUUGGGCAGGGAGUCUGGGUCUGAGCUGGGUUCUGAGAUCCAAGCCAAACCCGAACUGGAGUCAGAGCUUGAGAUAGACGUCCAGACAGAGCCUGAGACAGAGGAAGAGUCAGAAAGGGAGAGGAAGUCGCAGCCAAGGACCAGGACAAGGGCUCAGAGCCCCUGGCAGAGCUACUUGACUACUUAUCGCUUUGGUUCUCCAAGCUCCCCGUCCGCAGGGCCGCCUCAGACGCCUCAGACACGCCCAGCAGAAAAGAGAUAGCCACACACUUACCAGAACUCUCCCCAGAACAACGAGGACGCAUGGUAGGUGACUCCAAAAAGCAGGCAGAGUAUCUCGGCAAAUCCUUCCUGCCCAACUUGGCAUGAGAUCCAGACUGGGGUCCAAGCUACCAGCCCCGGCUCUGUGACCCCCUCCACCUGCUGACUUCCUUCUCAGUGGAUUCCGGGAUCACGUGCCCCUCGUGCUCCCGGCUCUGUGACUUAAGGUGGACGCUUGUCUCUGGGUUCCGUCUCCAGAGUUUGCAGGUUUCAUCUUCAACCGAUUUCCAGUGAAGGCCUCCCUACACGCACUCUCUGGGAACCGUGCCAGCCUGUCUCUAAGUUCCUCCUCUCAUCUCUGUUUCCCUUUCUCCAAAGAAACGACGCUUGAAUAAAAUAUGAACUCUUCCUUAACCCUGA